AUGAAAUUAUACCAGGCCACAUCAUGGCGUUGGAGCGCUAUGACCAACAACACCUACUACGACGAUAACAAUCGUAUCGUCUAUAAAGUCCAUACCCCCUUCAAAUUCACCAAUCGAACUACAACCAUCACAAAAACCAGGGAAUCCGAACGCGAACACAUCUCAAAUCAAGCAGCUAAUCCCGUCGCCAGCGAUCGUUACGAACCUGGUGAAGAAUAUGACGACCAUACUGAUUCGUCCAGAUCAAAGCGCCACAAAGCGGACACCAAGAGCGCUACAAGCAGUAUUGAUGUUGAUGAGAAGAGGGUCUCCGACUGGGCAGAAGACGUUGUCGACGCUGACGAAUCUACGCCCGGGAAUGAGUCUGUUAAUGGAGCUGCUAGCUCCUCAUCACUUGGAUCUAGCUCUCCGCGUAUUUUUGAGUACCUCGCUCAGAUUGAUUGGAGAGUCUUCGCGAGUUCUAAAUUCAGGUUGGGAGAUGGUGCUGAAAUCGAAGCAAAGGCGUUCUUCAGGAAAGAGGGCUGGGGUCCAUAUGGAAGGCAUCGAGUCUUCACGGCUAAAGAUGGGCGAGAAUAUAAAUGGUAUCUGCGUUUGUGGUAUUCGGAGCUCGCUGUAAACAACGAAGGGAAGACUCCCGUUGCAAAGUUCAAUCAUAAAUCCAUCCGAGGCAAACGCCCCUCUGGAUAUCUCGAGAUAUUCCCGGCUGGUGAGCAUAUGGUGGACGAACUCUUCACCACUUUCAUCUAUAUAGAGAAAUUAAGGAAGGAGAAGGAGAGAGCUGCGAAAUAG